CGUGAUCUGCAAUUAUUUCACAUUCGUAGGACGUACCGAAUGCCUGAUAAAGAAGAUAGCGGCGUUGAUCUGGACGAAGAGAUUCAGAAGAGUUUGAGACAUAUUGAUAUCUAUCGUGACACUCCGAUCAGAUUGCUCGUAUCAGUAGUCUUGCCUUCGAAUCAGUAUUACUGUAAGUAA